AUGGAAGGAGGUCCAAAUACAGAAGCUGAAUUAAAAAUUAGACAUUGCAAAAACUUUAAACAAGAUUACAAUGGAGAAAACGAAAAGAAACAGAAUUCGCGAGACUGUUUUGAGGUAAGCGAAACGCUAAAAUUCGAAAUACAAAGAUUCGUCGAGAUCGCCAAGUAUUUUUCGAGUCCACUGAAGAAAACUGCAUCGUAUGCCUGUGAAAAAAGCAUCGUGUCAUAUCCGAAACAGUUUACCCUGGAGUACAGGCGCGGUGUUGCGUCCACGGGCUGCGUAAAGUUUUGCAAUCUGACCUUGGAACCGGUUUACAUAAAAUAUUACAACGUGUACCCCGAAGUAGAGCAUCUGAAGUUUCAAAACCUGUCUCGCUCGCGAUGCCGGAGAAUUCCACCGGGGCUCUACUUCCAUCUGAACAUAGUUUACAACAACGUCACCGAGGCGACGCCGAUUCGCUCGAAAUUGGUAUUCGUCGCAACAAGGAAAACGUCGACGCCGUGCUAUCAAAUUUGCGGGAUCGAUUUGGAGAUAGUCACUCAAAAAGUUAAGGUGACGAAUAGU